GCACGGUCGAAAGUUUACUUUCUAUGGACAAUAUUUUGUGAAUUUUUGUAUUCACAAUGGACAAAAAUGCUGAUAUAAUCAAAUUGGAUAGUGAUAAUGAAGAUUUGGAUGACCGUGUUCGUGACACCACCACAGUUGACUUAACUUCGGACACUAGUAUGAAUGAAACUCCUGAAAAAAAAUUGCCGGUGGCUGUUACGGUUAAAGAGGCAAUUGUCUGCGUUGAUUUCGAAGAAGGAGAGGUGGAGGAAGCACAAGAAGCUGCGGAAAUAUGUGAACCAACAGGCAGUAAACCAACAUUGGCUUUUGAAAUAAAGUUUUCAAAUGAAAGCGUUUUCAAAGAAUAUGGACAUAAAAUAUUGGACUCGCUUGAUAAAGCACUCAAUAUGUCUGAGGAUAAUUCAAUUUUUGCAUUUAAAAUUUCAAAUUCUGAAAAUACUACAGUUAGUAGUAUAAACGCUUAUAUAGCAAAACAAUCAGCUGCCAACCCCUCCGAUGAUGAAUUAAGUGAUUGUGAAGAGGCGGUGAGCAUAACAGAAGUAGCACCUGAGCGCCAUAUGUCAGAAAAUGAAGAUGAUUCGCCGGAUUUAGACUUGGCUUCGUUAUUUACAAUUGAUACCUCUGGCUCGAAAAAACUUGACACGCAAUGUGUACCUUCAUAUAAACGUAGUAUUAAAGAUGUUUUGAAUGAAGAAUCUUCAGCGCGUAAACGACAAAAGUUAGAAGAAGAGGAAAACGAGUGCCAAAGGGUGCGAACAACAGUCGCUUGUUUUAAUUGUGGAGUAAAUGGUCACUCAUUACGUGAAUGUCCUAAACCGCGAAAUAACGCGCGUAUAAAUCGUGCAAAAUUAGCACGUAAACAAGAGAGAUACCACAUUGAUAUUGAACAAAGAUUUGGACAUUUAAGGCCGGGUAAGAUAAGUGACAAACUACAGACAGCACUUGGUUUAAAGCGCGGAGAACUGCCAUUCUUUUUCUACCGCAUGAGAAAGCUUGGUUAUCCACCAGGUUGGUUGGAGGAGGCAAAAGUGGUGCAUUCUGGCAUAUCUCUAAUUAAUUCAGAUGGAGACGCAGUGAUGGCAUCGGAAGAGGAAAAUUCACAGGAAAGCGAUGAGAUUAAAUAUGACAUAUCUAAAAUUGUAGACUUCCCAGGAUUCAAUGUUGAUCCUGGUCCGAAUUUCUAUGAUGACUAUAAGCACCAUAACGUGCCGCCUUUGUCUCGCCAUCAACGAAAAGAAGAGUUCAUUAAGAAAUUGGGAAGCAAUGUUGUAAAAGGUUAUAAACAUAAAAGACUUAAGAGUCUACCACAAACAACUAAUAUGGCUGAGAUUAAAACUAGUAUAUUGGACAAUGCCGAUAUGGAAAUUGAAGACGACGUUGCGAUUAAUGAAAAUGUGGUAUUUACUCGCCCUCCUCCACCACCGGAACCCGCAAACGACAUUAAACCACCACCACCACCAACAUCGCCAGAUGAUGCAACUACCUCAGCAACGAAUGAAGAAAGCUCAUCCGUUGCAAAUGAACGUACUUGUUCGCCCACUUUAGACUAUUUGGAGGAACGCAAACAAAAGCUACUUGCCGAAUUGAAGUCUGGUCUGUGUGAUAUUGACAGUUUGUCUUCAAGUAGUGCGACCGAAGAAUCACUCGCACUGGAAAGUAGCAAUAAUGAGGCGAAAACAAGCGAAAUAUCCAAACCAAAAAAUAUGGACGAAAUACACACAGUUGAACCAACGACGCCUACGCCAUUGGAUAUUAUUAAGGAAUCACACAUGGGUACACCUGUGUUGCAAUUUUCACCAUACGAAAAACUACCAGCUGGUGACAAUUUCAAAGUGGGUGUUAGUGAUGUUAUUAAUUUUGAAAAUCUGCCGGAUUCAACUGGCAAGUAUGAGCAAAUGAAGGAGGUUAUUAAAAAAGUACGAAAUAUCGUUACCAAAUUGCAUAACGACGAUGACGACGGAUAAACAGCGAAUAUCAAUGUACUGCAUGUUUAAGUAUUGGAUUCGGUCUGAAAUUGCAUUUUGUAAAAUGUCUGAAUGGUUGU